AUGAAGCCGCUGUCUUUGCUGGCCUUCGCUGGCGCAGCUCUCGCUGCAACGAGUCAUGGCCUCGGCCACAAGGGCUCUCUUCGCAAGCAGAACAAUCGGCCUUUGGCUCUAGACGUUGAUCCGUCGACUCUCUAUCCUGCCCACAAUUUGUCCGUCCCAAUUGACCAUUUCCACAAUGAAUCGAUAUACGAGCCGCACAGCAACGCCAGCUUUCCUCUCCGGUAUUGGUUUGACGCCAGCCAUUAUAAGAAAGGAGGGCCUGUUUUUGUCCUCGAAUCCGGGGAGACAUCGGGAGAAGACAGAUUACCUUAUCUCCAAAAAGGUCUCAUCGCCCAGCUUGCGCAGGAGACAAAUGGCAUUGCGGUAAUUCUUGAGCACCGUUACUACGGUACAAGCAUACCAACUUCGGAUCUGUCUACGAAAAGCUUGCGCUUCUUGACAACGGAACAGGCACUUGCGGAUGUGGCCUAUUUUUCCGAGCACAUCAAAUUCCCCGGUCUCGAAAACCAGAGUGUAACUGCCCAUGACGUUCCAUACAUCGCAUAUGGCGGCUCUUACGCCGGAGCCUUUGUCGCUUUCCUUCGUGUCGUGUAUCCGAACCUGUUUUUCGGCGCCAUUUCGUCCUCCGGAGUUACCGCGGCUAUCAUCGACUACUGGCAAUAUUAUGAGCCAAUCAGACACCACGCCCCUCAAGACUGUGUCCAGACGAACUUGCAGUUUACUCAGCUCAUUGAUAACCUGUUGCCUCAAUCAGGCGAAUUCAAAAAGUUCAAAGCACUCUUUGGCCUUGAGGAUCUCACCUACGCAAACGACUUUGCCAGUUUACUGAGUGAGCCCCUAGGGGCGUGGCAGAAUAGGAACUGGGACCCGGCCAACGAUGACCCGACUUUCUUUGCCUUUUGCGGUAACAUUACCUCGGAUAGGUUGAUCUAUAAUAGUACGGCUAGCAAAGCUAAUGAGGCCAAGAAACUCGUUAGCGCUGCCGGUUACAAGAACGAAUCUACGCAGCUAACAACCCGGCUGCUCAAUUUCGUCGGAUGGCUCAACGACACCACCAUCUGGCCUUGUCUGGGCGAAGGAGAGAGUGCCGACUCUUGUUUCUCUGCUCACAAUGUGACAUCUUAUCAACAGGAUGAUAUCAGUCAGGAUUGGAGAUUAUGGGACUAUCAAGUUUGCACCGAAUGGGGCUUUUAUCAAACGGGUAGCGGCACGCCUAAAAACGAACUCCCGAUGGUUUCAAGAUCGAUUGACAUCGACUAUCUAAGCCUCAGCUGUAAAUACGCAUUCAACAUUACAACUCCUCCAGACGUUCAACGAGUCAACAAAUAUGGUGGUUUUGACAUCGACUAUCCUCGACUAGCUAUUAUCGGUGGCCAGGCAGAUCCAUGGAGAGAAGCAACGCCUCUUGCAGAUGGCGCCACACCGCGGAAAAAUACAAAUGAUCGUCCAUUUGUAGAGAUAGCAGGAGCCGUGCACCAUUGGGACGAGAACGGCCUUUUCCCGAAUGAGACCACGCCAACACUGCCGCCAGCACCCGUGGCGAGUGCCCAGAAGUUUGAACAUGCUUUCAUUAAAGAAUGGCUAAAGGAGUGGAAAAAGCAUCCUAGUCCUGCUCAGCAGACAACCUUUAAUUAG